ACACGCGUGCGUGUUGCGGUAAAAAUAGGCGUCAGUUCUAUUUCUAGCAUGCAUGUGUUUUCCGCGCGUCUCAUGCAGGCGGUCUGUAAACAUGGGAGCCGAAUUAAAAACCGACACGCCACGCGGCUGAGACGCUUGCGCCACGCAUCCAGUGUGUCACCGGCCUUACAGUUACCAGCGCGGCGGUAAGCCCCCCAUGUUAAAAUUACUUCAGAUCUUCUUCUUGUCCUGCAGUUGUGAAUCGGUGAAGGACGAUGGUGUCUGUUAAAGAUCUGCUUGUGAACUCACUGAAGGAACUGGAAGAAGCCGAACUGAAGGAGUUGCAGUGGCGCUUAUGGAAUGAUCAUGAUUGUAUAUCAAAGUCUGAAAUGGAGAAUGCAGAUCGGUUAAAAACUGUGGAUAAGAUGGUGGCUUGUUUUGGACAAGAAGAAGCUGUGAAGAUCACUGUGGACAUCCUGAGGAAAAUGAAGAAGAAACAACUGUCUAAAGAUCUGGAGAAAAAACACAAGAAAGCUCAGACCGAGGGCGAUACAAACACAUCUGUCCCUGUUGGAGCUGAUUCAGAUCAGAUCAGGAAGCUGCAAAACUUCUUGAAUACUCAAAAAAUCAACAUGAAGAAGAAAGCACAAUAUAUAUUUGAGGGCAACAAAGAAAAUGACACAGAUCUCAAAGAUAUAUUCACAGAACUGUUCAUCACAGAGGGAGACAUGCAAGAUGUCAAUCAGGAACAUGAGAUUCUGAAGAUUGAUGAUGCUCUAAAGACCCACAAAUUGCUGGGUGAACCAAUCAAAUGCACAGAUAUAUUUAAUGAAUUGAGGAAAAAGAAUGAGAAGAAAAUUGUGCUGACUAAAGGAGUUGCUGGCAUUGGAAAAACUGUCACUGUGCACAAAUUCAUCCUGGACUGGGCAGAAGGAGAAACCAGUCAGGAUAUAGACUGUGUGUUUUUGCUUCCAUUCAGAGAAAUCAACAUGAUUAAAGACCGAGAGGUCAACUUCCAUGAGUUUCUGCUGAAAUUAUAUCCUGAACUGAAGGACCUGGAGAAAUCAAAGUUAUAUACAGAAUCUAAACUUGCGUUUAUAUUUGACGGACUUGAUGAGAGUCGCCUGCGUUUGAAUUUUAACAGUAGGUCACUGAACACUGUUGAGGAAAGAUCAUCUGUAGAUGUGCUUUUUACAAAUCUGGUCAAAGGGAAUCUGCUUCCAUCAGCUCUGGUCUGGGUGACAUCACGACCAGCAGCAGCCAAUCAGAUCCCUCCUCAGUAUGUGGGUUUGUUCACAGAGGUGCGAGGAUUCACUGAACAACAAAAGGAGGAGUACUUCAGAAAGACAAUCAAAGAUGAGAGUCUGGCCGGAAAAAUUGUCUCACAUAUUAAGACGUCUCGCAGUCUCUACAUCAUGUGCCACAUUCCUAUGUUCUGCUGGAUCACAGCCACGGUACUUCAGCAUACUCUCAUUGAAACCAAUGCAGAGAGCAUCAGCACAACACUCACUGAAAUGUACAUCCACUUCUUGCUGAUACAGAUGAACAUGAAGAGCAAGAAGUAUGAUGGAAAAGAUCAAGGACAACGUACAAAGCUCUUACAUUCAAAUAGAAAAACGAUUCUGAAAUUAGCCAAGCUGGCAUUUGAACAGCUGAAACAAGAAAACAUAGUGUUUUAUGAGAAAGAUCUGAAAGCAUGUGGUAUUAAAGUGGGUAAAGACACUGAGUUCACAGGAAUGAUCGCUGAGAUUUUUAAGAAGGAAGAUGGACUUUAUCAGACAAAGGUCUUCAGCUUUGUGCAUCUAAGUGUUCAAGAGUUCCUUGCUGCAGUACAUGUGUUCAUCUGUUACCUGAACAAGAACGAGCAAGAGCUUCAGUUUUUCUUUGAAGAUUCACAAAAUAUAGACAGACAAAAGUCUUGUUUCCCUUUUAGAAGUCAAAAUGUCAAAUUUCAUGACUUAACAAAGAGUGCCAUUGAUAGAGCAAUGCAAAGUAAGAGAGGACAUCUGGACCUGUUUCUGCGGUUUCUGAUGGGAAUUUCACUGGAAUCUAGUCAAAACUUGCUCCAAGGCCUGCUCAAACACACUGAAGACACCACAGAGAGCAUCAGACAAACAACUGCAUACAUUAAACAAGUACAAAGCAAGAAUAUCUCAGAUGAAGCUUCAGUCAACCUAUUCUACUGCUUACUAGAGCUCAAAGAUCAUUCAUUAUAUGAGGAAAUCAUGAGACACCUCCACUCAGAUGAACAUCCAGGAAGAGACCUCUCAUCUUCAAUGUGCACAUUGCUGACCACAGUACUUCUGAUGUCCAAGAAAGUGCUGGAUGAGUUCAACCCAAAGAAGUUCACAUCAUCACAACAAAAUUUCAAGAGACUCAUUCCAGCUGUGAGAUGCUGCAGAAAAGCCAUAUUUGAUGGCUGUGGUCUUGAUGAAACAUGCUGUGAAACUAUGUCUUCUGCUCUCCAAUCAUCAAACUGUCAUCUGACAGAGCUGAACCUGAGUAGUAAUCACUUGCAGGAUUUAGGAGUGAAGCUGCUUUGUGAUGGACUGAAAAAGAGUCCACACUGUCAACUGAACAUACUGAGAUUGCCUUUAUGUAAUCUCACCACUCAGUCUUGUGGAAGUUUGUCAUCAGUUUUACAAUCCUUAAACUCUGUCCUGAAAGAGCUGGACCUGAGUAACAAUGACUUGCAGGAUUCAGGAGUAAAGCUUCUUUUAGAUGGAGUGAAGAGUCCAGCUUUUCAACUGGAGAUACUGAGGUUAUCUGGCUGUAUGGUGACAAAAGAAGGCUGCAGGUAUUUGUCUUCAGCUCUAAGUUCAAACCUCUCACACCUGAGAGAGCUGGAUCUGAGCUACAAUCACCCAGGAGAUUCCGGAGUCAAGCUACUCUCUGAAAAACGGGAGGAUCCAAAUUGUUCACUGGAGACACUCAACCUGCAUGUAAGCAGCUUUCUCUAUCACAAAGGAGAUUAUAAUGCUAUUUUACCCAAUGCUGAAGUACAGAACUAA